AAAUCUUGUCCUUACAAUGUCAGAUUGAUCAAGACUGAUCAACUGCUGUCAACGUCAGUCUUUCGAUAGCAUUGCCAAUCAAUAUACAGCUCACUCAACCUUAGAAAGUGCCAUGGUGUCAUGGAGUCAUUAUCAGCCAAGCACAACCAUUAACAAUGGGUAAAGCAGUUUCUUGUAAACAACAUACCAAAUUCUAGGCCAGAGUACGAAACUCAAGCAAUGUUUGGGUCGAAAUGUUCAAACUCUUCACCAUUUGGCGCUUCACACAUGUACAUCAUAGGUAUAUUACAGCUUAUUAAACUUCAUAAAGGAGUACCAUAGGAUAUUUACCACACAAUGCCAGGGAAAACGUUUUGCCUCUCUGACUCUGGAAGAGAGUAUAAAAAUAGCUCUUUUUCUCUGGAAGUUUUGACUCUGAAACAAGGUCGAUUUGUGCAAACAGGCAUUUUCUGUUUCCAAACAGAGUAUAAACAUUUUGGUUAUCAUGUGUAACAGGGUACCUUUACUGUUUUGCAAUUUUUGUCUGGAACAGGGUAGUAAAUUAGUUUCUUGUUGCCUGGAACAAGUGUAAACUCGGUCUAAGCGUUUUUUUCCUCCCAAGUAGUAGACAAUAUAAAAAUUCAAAGGAAUGCCAGUUUUUUUUCCUCGACUCUCUCGUUUAUCUUUUGUAGCUCUUCUAUAUUUUUUCAUCACUUGGGGUGAUUCUCAGGCCUUUAAGAGUAAUACCAUCAAGAUGCGAUUGAUCCAAGUUAUGAUAUUAUGGAAUCUCUUGAUUCGAGGGGCACGACUGAUGGUGAAGCCAUAGAAUUUCCUGAUGCGAGGGGAACAACUGAUGAUGAAGUCAUAGAAUUUCCUGCAUUGGGCGACAUAAGGGACCAUAACGGAAAUGAAAAGAAGAAGUACGCACAGUUUUUGAUCAAUGUCAGUCAUGCCAGUAAUGUUGUCGUUGGUGAUUAUGCAGCCCUCACGACUGUCCGAAAGUCUCCAAAUGGAGGCAAUGCUAGCGGGAAUCACUCAGGGACUAAAGCUUCCACCUCUGAGAGGAAUACAGAGCCAGAGAUGCAGGAAAACCGACAUUUCAACGACCCAUCUCCUCAAAUAAAUUUGGUUUACGCCAAGACUACUCCGGGCAGUUAUUGCCAUCACAAUUAUUACCAACAAACAAGCGCGGGAGACUGGAACCCUGAGCCAAUUAAUGGCAUUCUUAUCCAAGAAGGAGAAGUUGAUUUUGAGUGGACCGUUGAGUUCUUUCUUGAGAAUCCAGAGAAAUUCAUUCAUGAGAUGGAUACUUGUGCUGGGUCACAGAGGGAGAAAAGAGAACAGUUCCUACUGCUAGGUAUCUUGCCAUACCUGGAAAACGUCAUGUGGGGCAAAUCAUCCGCUAAUAACGUCGAUACCUACAACAUCCUAGCGUUAGCGAGCUGCAGUCGAAGUAGUCUUGACGUCGUAAAGCAUUCCCUAUAUCAACUCCAGCAUCUGCUAUACAGAGAUAACCUCGACAGCUGUAAGCAAAAUUCGCUGAAAGCGGAAAGAAUUCUGCGAUCAUCCAUCGUUUCCGAAGAUGGAGUGUUCAGGGAGGAGGCAAAUACACCACGACUGCUCAGACUGGCUGUGUACGGCCGCUUUCUCUCAGAGUUAAUAAUUCACCAGAUUCGAGCAAAAGACACCAAGAAAGACCUAAAGAAUGAUGUCAGAAAGUUCAAAAAAUUGAAAGGUCUUUUCAACCAUACAGGCAUGAAAAGUCAAUUUGAGACAUUCACUUCGACGUAUUUAAUUGACUUCAUUCAGAUAGCAAUUUCAUAUCUUUUGAAGUCACCAGGAGAGAAACAGCGGAAACGCCUGGGAAGCUAUUUAGAAGAAUGCAAGACUCUGUGUGCAAAUAAGCAGAUAGAAAAACUAAAAGCAACCGGGUUGUUGUUUUUCCAAAAGUUGAUGAGAUCCAACGUGAAAUGGUUUGAUUUGCACUGUGUUUUACAUUGUCUACAUGGAAAGGUGCAUACUGAACGCCCCACUCCACAGAUGCACAAGGAGAGAAGGGCCAUGAUUCUUCUCGGAUGUGCAGUGGGAGCUUGUCUUGAACACGGGGAUGGAGAUGAUUGGAAGUUUUGUCUGCUAACAGCAACUCUACUGACGGAGAUCUCAAUGAACAACGUCAUCAAAGGUGUGAGGAUCAUAGCUGGGUCCUGUUUGGAGGAUCUUCUUAGAAAUGAAAAAGCGCAGAAGAGGCCAGAAUGUAGAGAAAUCCUUGACCAUCUUUCUAAACGGGUGCUGUUCUGUCAAGACAGUCUUAAUAAGAAGCUUUUGGUACCUCAUCUACUCAACAACCAAAAUGCACAGUACAAACUUCCAGCAGAACUCCACAUUGAGCACCUUGCUUCUUGCUACAAGACGCAGACACUGGAAGUUAACAGCACAAUAGUCAGCGAGUCAAGAUGCCAAAUAUCGAACCGUUUUGUCCACGGUGGUGCGUUAAAAGGUCAAAAAGUGGCCGUGAAAAUUUUGGCUGUCACGAUGCAAGAUAUCCUAGAAGAAAACCCCACAGAGCAGUCGAAGGCGAAGAAACGGCUUAUUGCAGAAGCCUACAACUUACGGCAAUUAAACAGCUUAAAUCAGCAUCCAAACAUUCCGCACCUUCUCGCCUAUAAUACAACAACCGUACCUUUUCACAUCAUCACUCAGUAUGAGAAAUACGGUGAUCUGCUUCAGCUUGUCCGAACGUCGCGAGAAGUUAAGGCUUUGUCGUCGUCCGUUAUUUACAAAAUGCUCAUCAGCAUAACGGAAGGCCUUUUGUAUUUACAGCAAAAGCUGCACUUGGUUCACCGAGCCCUCAUGGCGGAAAACAUUCUAGUCGGAGACGGUUAUACAUGCAAGUUGACUGGCCUGCACUCCUUAGGAAAGCUACCACAUAAACGUCAUGGAGACGCCCAAGAUAAUCCCUUGCCAGAAUACGUGUACGCCGAGGAUGAUGGCUAUUUCCCAGUUUGUCAAAGCGGAAAUGACGAGGGUCUUCCAGUGAGAUGGAAAGCGCCGGAAUGUCUACGGCAACACUCGUAUUCCACUCCUUCUGAUGUCUGGGCAUUUGGCGUGCUUAUGUACGAGGUACUCACUCUUGGAUGCUACCCAUACAGACGGAUCCGAGAGGAUGACGAGGUCGCCAAACAUGUUUUGAAUACAGCCGAUGAAGAGGUCCUGGCUCAAGAGCUAUCCAUUCAUGAUGAUGAAUACAAGCUGAUGAAGCAGUGCUGGAAGAGGCAGAGAAAAGAAAGGAUCCCAUUAGCCGACCUUAAAGAAAAACUCAAUGAUUUGCGUAAGAAAUCAGGCAAAGAGAACCUGCGCCCGAACCCACCAGACUUUGAGUCAGACACUGUCGAUGAUCCUCAACAACCACAGAAAUUGGAUGAAGUGGUGUAUGACACUAUUUCAGAGCACAGCGAUGCUGAAGACAGGCCAUCGGCUAUCUACGCGGAGUAUGAAAAUGUGGCAUCGCAGAGGAUUCAACAACCACAAGAACUGGAUGAAGAGGAUCAUGAGUUCCCUUCGCAGGACACUAUUUCAGAGGACACCAAUGUUGUAAACAGGCCAUCGGCGAUCCACGAGGAAUGUGAAGCGGAUACGCUAUCACCAAGAACCUCCUUUAGCAACUUGAAGGAAUUUGUCCUUAGCAGGAGCUGUGAGGAGGAUGAUAUAAUCACAUACUUAUCUCAGGUGGCGUCUGAUUUACACCACCUUCACGUCAACCACAUUGUACAUGGGGACCUCCGCCCAGAACAUGUGUACUUAGCUGAACAAGACAAGGUCCAGGUUGGCCGUCUGGGUCGCUCUAGGAAUCUUUAUAUGAGCGCUGAUGAAGAUACCAGUACUUCAUGUGUGGUAAAGGCUACCAUGCCACCUGAUUCUACUCGUUGGAGUGCACCAGAGGUGAUCUUAGAUGGGCAUUACACAUAUGCCAGUGAUGUGUGGGCAUUUGGAAUUCUUGCUUGGGAAUUGUACGCAUCUUUCACAACAGGACACGAUAAGAGAGAUUUAACGGUACCCUUCUAUGGUCUUGAAAACCGUGAGAUUCUGUCUCAUAUAAGAAACCAUAUACCGUUGAGCAAACCAGAGAGCUGUCCUCUUUGGGUGUAUAUCAUAAUGCAUCAAUGCUGGGCAUAUGACCCAGUACAGAGGCCACCCGCCCUCACCAUUUUGGAGUGUCUUAAGAGCAGGAAGCCAUUGGAGUCCUGGACGAUGACAUUCUGGACAAAUCACAGCAAAAGCGAAAGACCAGACUCUUGUGUCAGACGAAGCCAGGAUGCCUGUCUUGUAACAGAUACAAAGAAACAACCUUCCAAGGAUGAGAACUAUGAGGUAGACAAUCGAGAACUUGGAGAUUAGUUUGGAGGGCAAAGCUGCCGACAGUAGCUGACAAUAGUCGUAAUCACGUUGGAAACAGAUCACAUACUUGCAGUAACGAACUAAGAAGCAAAGGAAAGGCCAGACGGAAUCUUACGAAUCCAGCUAUUUAUUUUGUUUUGCAAUGUCACAAAGGGGUCCUUCUCCAGGCUGGAGGUAUACGCAGGGAUAAGGUUUUCAUGGCUGAAGUAUAGGAAAGGUUAGGAAAAACUGUUAUUGAAAGGGCCUCUCACAAAUCUCGUCCAGACAUACAAGGGAAAUAAGGGUUGUGGAGGGGGGGAGGGGAGUGGCAAUUAACGAUUUGGGGAUUUUCGAGAGUAUAAAUUUACUGAGGAACCUUUUUAGGAUAGAAAGAUUUCAGUAGGACUUUUUGAGGAUCGGCUAAAGUGUACUCCAGAUAUGUGACAGGCCGUGAAAGGGACACUAAUUUCAACGGUAAUAAUAAUAGUAUCAAACAAAUACCCAAUCAUUGGUAAAUAAUAAAGUUAUAGUUAUUUUAUUAAGGGCACCAUAGCAACAGUGUAGCCCGUUAGAUACACCGUUAAUUUUAGCCUGAGCUUUUUUAAUGUAUUCUAUUCAAAGUUUAGGUAGUGGUUAUCUUUAUUUAUAAACGGUGUCAAUUCAUGUUAACAUGCUCUUCCAUCGAGCCAUGUUUUCUUAACUAAUUAAAUUAUCUAACUAGAUUAAAUAUCUAUACCGUAAUUAUAUUAAAAGCUAUUUUAAAAAAUCUCUAUUUUAUUAGCUAUCGUUAAAUUUAAUCUACAUAAGAGUGGGCUGUAUCUUAGCGCUCAAAGGUAUGCCGUUCCACAGAACACAACCGCGAUAUUGAAAACUUCGUUGCCUCCUUCAGUAUUCGCUCUAGGUACGAAAAAGUUGUAAUUUAGGUGAGUGAACACCGGAUGUAAACUGGUAAAACCCAAAAACGUGUCAGUCUAAUGACACAUGUAUAGAAGUCAUGUUAUGUAAUGUAAUUCUGCUUGCUUCUGGCGCAUUGGCUUAUGUUAGCGUGUCGGACUUUGAAAUCAUUGAAAGUAGUACUUAACUUUGUAGUUAACUACGAAUGAAAACUGUUUGGCUUGCGGCGUAUCAGUUUGAUAGUUUUCUAUUUUACCUUUGGUUGUUCUAUAUGAUCUGUAAUAUCUUUAUUACAAUAAAAGUUGUUUUCGAGCUGUGUAAA